CGUGUCAAGACAAUGCAGUUUAUAAGUCAAUUACGUCAUCAUGCCCGGCGACUUGUGUAAAUCCAGAUGCACCGUUUAAUUGUAAUAUUCCACCACGUGAAGGUUGCGAGUGUAAAGCUGGUUACAUGUUAAGUCAUCUAGCAUGUGUACCUGUAGCACAGUGUGGAUGUAAGACAGAGAAGGGCGAUUAUAUUCCAAUUGGUGCGAAAAUAGAAAGUCCCGAUUGUACAAGUGUUAGAGCAUGUGUAGCUAAAGGUGAUAGAGGAACAUUUGUUAGUUUUACCCGUCCUGUAUGUGGUAGGAACGCUGUAUGUAAACCAGUAGGAGGACACUACAAGUGUGCCUGUAAACCUGGUUUGACUGGUGAUCCAUUGAAAGAAUGCAUUAACCCGACUUGUUCAUGUACUGCUAGUGGUGAUCCCCAUUACAGGACAUUUGAUGGACAGAUAAUACAUUUCUUUGGGGCGUGUAAAUACACCGUGGCUGCCCAUGACAAUUCUGCAUGUCGGUUUGCUGUGGAGGCAAAACAUGAAUACAGAGGUGGAAAUAACAAAGUGACUUUCAUGAGACUUGUUGACCUCAAAUUUCAUGGUCAUGUGUACCGUUUGCACAUGGAUCGUAAACUAUAUGUUGAUGGUAUUCAAAAGUAUCCUCCUUAUGUGGACGAGGGUGUCGUGGUAUACACAUCAGGUCAGAGGUUACGACUGGAAACCUCUUGCGGCGUUGUGGUAGAAUACGAUGGUAUUCAUAUAAUGGAAGUUAUAAUUCCAAGAAAGUUUGGUCAGCAAGUAACCGGUAUAUGUGGAAACUGUAAUGAUAAACGUGAUGAUUUAAGAACAAAAGACGGGACUGAUGUUUCCACAAACAAAAACAAAUAUUCUCUGAUUGGAAACAGCUACGAAGUAAUGGAUGACUCCGAUCUAAUUAUCCCACAAUGCAAGCCUGCCAUAGAUGUUUAUCCAUGUACAGAUGAGUUAUUACUCAAGGCAAAAGAAUCUUUGUGUCGAUACAUAAAACUAGAUACUAUUGACGGUAAAUUCAAGAAAUGUAUCAAUGCGGAUCCUGAGAGAGCUAUGGAGAUGUAUGAUUCUUGCAUUAUCGAUUAUUGUGCUUACUAUGGACGACCAAACUUCCACCAGGUUAUGUGCGAAGGUCUAGAGGGAUUUGCAGAGCAAUGCCACAUAAUGGGCAUACCUAUCAGCUGGCGAGAUGACAAACUAUGCCCACUAUCGUGUGGUCAGAAUUCUAAUUACAAACCACAAAUAUCAUCCUGUCCAGCAACAUGCUUGGCUCCACUUCUGUCAAAUAGUUGUAAACAACCACCACGAGAAGGAUGUGAAUGUAAAGCAGGAUAUUACAUGAGUAACUUAGAAUGUGUACCAGACACUCGAUGCGGUUGUACAACGUCAUACGGAGAAUACGUACCGGUUGGAGCAACAGUUGAGAACUCAGAUUGUACUAUUGCCAGGACGUGUCAGUUGAUAGACGGUAAAGCAAAACUAGUUGCAAAGACGUUGUCGCCAUGCGCUGCAAAUGGUCAAUGUAAACCUAUUGAUGGUCAUUACAAAUGUAUAUGUAAACCUGGAUUCCAAGGUGAUCCUUUGGCAGAAUGCACAGAAGUCAAAUUGGAAUGUGGGAAAGCAGCUGAUAUUGUGUUUGUUCUCGAUUCCUCCUCUAGCAUGAGGUCAAAUAAUUUUGCGAAAAUAAUCAACUUCGUGAAAAAACUUGUUAGUGGAUUUAUGUCUGAACAUGAACAAGUCAGAAUUAGUGUGAUAACGUUUUCACAUCGUUCUAGAAUACAAUUUUAUCUCAAUCGCUACACGGAACCUGAGGACAUUAUCAACGCUCUCAGCAAAAUUCGUCACAUGCGUGGAGGAACUCGAACAGAUUAUGCUUUGCAUGAUAUGCACAGUAAGGUAUUAACUGAGGCUAAUGGAGAUCGACCAGGUUAUCCAAAUAUUGGAAUAGUCAUUACAGAUGGAAAGUCAAAUUAUCCGAAGAAAACAAGAGAAGAAAUGAUUCAUAUGAAAGAAGAUGGUGUUAUGAUGUUUGCGAUAGGAAUUGGUUCAUCUAUUAACCAGGAAGAAUUGGAGACCAUCGCCAUUGAAAAAGACCAUGCUUUAAGAGUGAAAGGAUUUGACUCACUGGAGCAUAUCAUGGGAGAAUUUCAAGAGAUUACGUGUAGAGGAAUUGCUCAUGCUCCGAAACCUCAUUUCGUAGGUCAUCACCAUCCGCAUUAGUUUCGUG